AUGGAUGAGAAAUGGGCUGGCAGAUUGAAAAUUGAUUGCAAUUAUGAAACUGGCCAAAAUGUCGGAAGUAGUCAUGCAUUUUCUACAAAGGAAAAUAUGAGUGGUAGAAAAGGACAUGAUGAUGACGAUGACGAUGAUGAUGAUGAUGAUGAUGAUGAUGAUGAUGAUGAUGGUGAUGAUGAUGAUGAUGGUAAUGAUGAUGAUGGUGAUGAUGAUGGUGAGGGUUAG